UUUGUUCAGGCACAUGAUAAGGAUCCUAUUUCCGGCGGUUCUUCCGGGGUCCUACCAGCGCGGAUUAAGUCGAUAACAAGACACAAUUGCAGUAGAUUGUCGUUCAUUUCAGUUUUUAACUGAUAUUUAAACAUGUCUGGUAGAGAAGGAGGCAAAAAGAAACCACUCAAGGCGCCUAAGAAACAAAACAAGGAAAUGGAUGACGAUGAGGUUGCCUUCAAGCAGAAGCAGAAGGAAGAACAGAAGGCCAUGGAGGCAUUGAAGGCCAAAGCAUCUGGAAAAGGACCUUUAACCGGCGGCGGGAUCAAGAAGUCGGGAAAGAAGUAAACUCUGAAGAUGUUUAAUUCCUGCCUGGCUGACGUACCUCCAGUUAGUUUUUCACUGAUAAACAUGAAUCCUGCAACAUUCAAACUCUGUUCCUGCGCUGAGCUCUUCCAGCCCUUUGUACAGUGCAGUGUUGACAUAUUUUUUGGAAGAGUUUACAGCUGGUAUCGUGCUACCGUGAAAGUAGUAAUAUAAUCACCUCCCUUAUGACACCUAAAAACAGUUUCACAGUUUAUUAAAUGUUAUCUUUUGGCAGAAUUAAGAAUGAAUUGUUACAGCUCUUAGGUGGAAAAUGGUAAACAGUAAAGACUUAAUCUUUACUGUAACACAGAAUCAAAAAUCAUCCCAAUUAUCUGUUCAUCCUGUUUUUGGUGUAUUGUGAAGUGGAAGAUGAAUAAAGUUUUUUUUUUAAAUUACA